UUUUUUUUCUCUGUUCUGUGUUUACAUUGUGUAGCGGAUGCUGAAAACAGCUGAGACACGGGAGCAAAGAGAUAAGUGAAGGUUGUUGUGCAUAUAAAUACUAAACCGGUUUCAAGCCAUAUUCGAUACAUACAGUACAGUGUAUAAAGCACUGUAUUCAACACUGACAAACGCAGGCCUGCAGUUUCAAUGCAUUUCAGAGUACUGAAAACUCUCCGGCGAUGGACGCAAAUGAUUUGUUUACAAGCUGUAGGAAGGGCGACGUUUCAAGAGUUAGGUACCUUGUCGAGCAGAGAGAUGUGGAACUGAAUGUCCGAGAUAGAUGGGACAGUACCCCAUUGUAUUAUGCAUGCUUGUGUGGUCAUGAGGAGUUGGUUCAGUAUCUGCUGGGGAACGGUGCGAAAUGUGAGGCGAACACGUUCGACAGAGAACGCUGUUUGUAUGGCGCCCUAAGCGAUACGAUCAGGAGGCUACUGAAGGAAUACAAGCAGAUCACAGCCAAGGGAAAGCAGAGGGAUUACUACGAUGACUUCCUGCAGAGACUUCUUGAGAAAGAUAACGACAGUGAUAUUGUGUUCAUCGUCCACGGAAAAACCUUCACCGCUCACCGCUGCAUCCUCAGCGCGCGUUCUGACUACUUCAAUGAGAUGUUUGAAACGAAGUGGAAAGGGAAGAGCAUCAUUGCCCUGAAACACCCACUGAUAAACCCAGCAGCUUUUUGCUCAAUUUUGCAGUACUUUUAUACUGGCCGUUUGGACAUUGAUGUGGAGUAUGUGGAGGACUGCAUACGACUCGCCAAACAGUGCAAAAUAGAUGACCUCAUAGAGGAACUGCAGAAUAAAUGCAAAAAGGUCUAUGAAUUUGUGUCUUCCAAGCCAGGGACCUGUGUGAAAGUCUUGACACUGGAACCACCGAAUAAUUUCCAGCUCCAGGAGGACCUAGCUAUAUUAGCAGACUGCGCAUUGCCUGCUGAACUCAGGGUGGGAUUUGGGGAGCUGCCCUUUGACCGAACUGACAACUUUACAAGCUCCCCUGACGUCUGUUUCAGAGUUGAAGGUUAUGACUUCCUGUGUCAAAAGGCCUUUUUCUGUGGCCGCAGUGAUUAUUUCAAGGCCCUGCUGGAGGAUCAUUUUUGCGAGAGUGAAGCGUUGCAGUCUCAGCCCAGCAUCCCUGCAGUGACCCUGCACAACAUCACGAAGGACAUCUUCAUCAGGGUCCUGUAUUACAUCUACAGUGACGACACCGAGCUGUCUCCAGAGAACGCCUAUGAUGUGCUGUGUGUGGCCGACAUGUACCUGUUGCCGGGGCUGAAGAGGCUCUGUGGUAAAACCUUGGCACAGACCCUCCACCAAGACAACGUUGUCAACAUCUGGAAAACAGCGAAGCUCUUCCUCCUGUCGCGGCUUGAGGACCAGUGCACUGAAUACAUGGCCAAGAUCAUAGAGAAGCUGAUAGAGAUGGAGGAGUUUGCCGAAGCGAUCAAGGAGGAUGCGGACGCAGUGGAGGCACGACAGGAGACCGACUCUAUCCCGCUCGUCGACGACAUCCGCUUUCACAUCACCGGCAACGUGCAGACCUACAGCGACAUCGAGGAGGCCAACCAGAAACUGGAGGCCCUGGAGCAGCUGCUCCGCAGCAUUGGACUCGACUGCUGAGGAGCGGCCCGAGAGCAGCUAAAUAAUUAAACAAGCCAAAAUGAUAAUAUUAAGCUUUUAUUCGAGGAUGAGAGCAGUAAUAAACCCCACAAUCCUCCUCCCACUCCCACUUCCAGGACAUUUUCCUAAGUAGUCCUUGGUCUUGGCACAAAUCCCUCAACCUUAUUCGGAUGCCACCAGUUCCUUUAUGCAGUCACACCUCACUGCUAAAACAGAGGGCUAUAGAGCUUAUCUGAGGGUAUAUGAAGUGAUGAUAGUGACUAGCCAAAAAAUUCUAGUAACCUGCUACCAAAUCCCGCCAUGCGUAGCCCCAGCGCAUUGGAAAAUGGGUGGGUCUUGUCCAGUGUUGGAGGUUUCUGUGAUUUGUGCCACUGUAAGUGAGUAGCUUGUCACAUUAUGUCUCAUAGUUUGGCAGGCUUGAAGACUCAGACUGUCUUCAUGGUCAUGUUGGUCAAUGCAAUACUUAGUUGGGCCAUGCAGUCAAGUCCCUGAGAUCCAGCUGCUUAGCUGCUCAACUGUUUCCACAUAAGUUUGUGUACAUUACAGGGAUUUUCAAAUUUUACAACAUUUUAUUGCUAAUGUUUUGUCCGUUAGUUUAGUUAUAGAAUUAACAUUUUUCACAAUCAAGAACGAAGUCAAAUGAGUGCAGAUUUUAAGGUCUGUUUAAAGUAUUUUUUCAGAUGUAUUUAACUACUACAGUAGUGGUAGGGGGAAAAAAAACACCUAAACUUGGCAUUUAAUACCGUUUGUUUUAUAUGAAUUUAAGUAUUUGCCUUUUUGUUCGGUCCCAAAAGCCACAACCCUGCUUUUUGGAAUGUCAGAAAACUGUGAAGUGGUCUUCAUUAUUUCAAAUAAAUAUGAAAUAAUGUUUUUUAAUCCUUUCCAACAUUUGGAAGGAACAUCAGCAAAAACAGAUAAAGAAGUUGCCUGUAAAGACGUUUUAAUCAAGAAACCAGUAGGAUUUUUAUUUCUCGGUACCCUAUUUUUUUCUGGCAUUGCGUCACAAAAACCCUAUACAAACAAUAUGUCAAACAUCUCAUUUGGUGACCGUAUAACAUGGGAGAAUUUCACAAAGCCCAAUAAUACCAUGUAUUUUUAAACUAUGUUAUAAUAGUGGCAAUUAAUAAUACUUAAGAGCCUUGAAUGAAACUCCUGAACUUCUAGUUUUGUAACACUCCUUUCAGAAGAGUGAUUAUGAAACUAGAGAAAACAGUUUUGUGAUAUUAGAUAAACAGUAGAUAAUCCAAUGCAUUCUUUGAGUGAGGCAAACACUAAUUUAAGCAUGUUGGAAGAAUAAAGAGGGUUAGUAUCUUACCAUAAUAUAUACCGCUUAUCCAACAGUUUGACCUUUCUAUUGUAAAAUAGACUUGGAAAUAUGAGUUGUGUGACAGCCUAGAUUAUGGAUACAUGCAGUAAUGAUUUGUCAGGUAACUUUAUUCAUAGAUAUACUAACCAAUUUGCUAAUGUGUACAAUUACUGAGGAUUAUUUUUUCUGUAGCAAACUAAUUAUGUCAAAGAAGGGAUCUUCAAUGUAUUAAUAGAAUUUGACAGCACUUAGCAAUAAAAGCACAGGAUGGCUAUUUUCAUGUAAUUGCUUCUGCUGUUGUGGUAUUAACAGAACAGCUAUUCUACACACUGUAUAUUUUUAAAAAAAAGGCAUUUGAAGAUGUUUAGAAAUAUGAAUAAACUGGGUGCAUGAGAUGAAAUAAGUAAAAUAUACAAACCU